AUGAAUGUUGUCCUAUAUUGCAUAUUGUUAACUACUUUAAGUGUGGAAUUUCUAAUGGGAAAUUUAGGCAAUGCAUUCAUAGUGCUAGUGAACGUUAUGGACUGGGUAAAGAGGCGAAAGAUAUCUUUCAUAGACCAGAUCUUGACUACUCUGGCAAUUUCCAGAAUUGCUUUUCUCUUUUCGCUAAUUGCACAUUUAUUUGUAUAUAAAUGGUAUCCAGCCACAACAAUAGCUAGAAGAAUUGUGAGACAAACUUGUAUUUUCUUUACAGUAACCAAUCAUUUUAGUAUCUGGCUUGCUACAUGUCUCAGCAUCUUUUAUUUUCUCAAAAUAGCCAGUUUUUCAAACUCUAUUUUUCUUCAUCUAAAGUGGAGAGUAAAAAAAAUGGUUUCAGGGACAUUGUUGGCAUCUCUGCUCCUUCUGUUUUUAAAUGUUUUAGUCAUAGACACACACAUUGAUGUCUUCAUUUACAGAAUUGAAGCAAAUAUAUUCUUCAGAGCUAUCUCAAGUAAUUAUUCUCAAGUUGCUAGGCUCGUUUUACUCACCAACACUAUGUUCACACUCAUCCCCUUCACCGUGACCCUGACCAUGUUUCUCCUGCUCAUCUUCUCCCUAUGGCAACAUCUGAAGAGCAUGCAGUACAAUGCCAAAGGCUCUAGAGACAUCAGCAAGGCAGCCCACAUAAAGGCCAUGAAAAUGGUGGUCACAUUCCUGUUACUGUACAGCAUUUUUUUUCUGUCACUUAUUUUGCAGUUUUGUGAUAUUAAAUAUAAGCAGAAAACUUCAGUUUCUCUCCUUUUCUGGGUUACUGGAGUUGCUUUCCCUUCUGGCCACUCCUAUAUCUUGAUUCUGGGAAACACUAAACUUAGACAGGCAUUUAUUUCCAUGAUGUGGUGGCUGAGGUGCAGGCUCAGUGCUGUGGAGCCCUCAGUUUCUUAA